AUGAUUUGUAAAGAAAAUAAAUGUAAAUGUAUAAUAACAAGAACACAAGUUUAUUUUUGGACUGGAAAACGAUGUAUUGAAUGUAUUCAAGGUUGGACUUCUUUUUCUGGUACUCGUUGUUUUCGAUUUUUUAAUGAAAAUAAAACUUCGUUUGAUGCUCGUAUUCAUUGUCAUAAAUAUAAAGCUGAUCUAGUUUAUUUUAAUAAAUGGCCAUUAUCUGUACUUGACUUUGUUGAUAAUAUCACUAAAUCAUAUUUUAAAUCAGCGAAUUCAUUAAUUAAUAUAUGGGCAAUAGCUAAUUCGAAUCUAUUUAACAAUGAUAAAUCAAUGCUUGCUACUAGGUGGUUGACGUAUAUUUCUUCAAAUUUUGUCGAAAUGUUUUGUGUAUGGUUGAUCAAACAAUCAAAGACAAAUGUAACCAAUAAGAAUACAACUAUUACUGAAAUUCCAUAUUCAACAAUAAUUGGUUCUAUUUCAAUAAUCAUUUUUCUUAUUCUUUUUACUUUUUUCAUAUUAUAUACCAUGCAAAAAGAACCAUCAAAAACUUCAAUUGAUUAUGAUGAUAAUAGUUCAUAUCAAUUAAAUUCAUCUGAAAGUUUUUAA